AUGGCUGAAGAACGACCGCCCAACAACCUACGACAAACCAGCCGAUUUAUCACCGAUCACAGCGAAAAUGGUCUCGCAAUAUUCCACAGUGACACCCCCGAGAGGGUCCCAGCUCAAGCAAUCCCAACUGGUGAUAAUCUCCAUCUCGCGUAUGCUACGAACCAGUUCCCCGUCGACCUAAGCAAGGACUUGGCAACAUAUCAACAAUACCUCAUCAACCCUCCGGCUUUUACAGUUCCAGGUGGAACCUUACUGUGUACCAUCGAUCUUGCUCCUGGUAGCACAAGUGCCCUACACAGGACCCUGUCACUUGAUUAUGCAAUUGUGAUAGAGGGUAUCGUGGAACUGCAACUGGAUAGCGGCGAGGCUAAGACGCUGCUGCAGGGUGAUAUCGCCGUCCAACGGGGGACAAAGCAUCUGUGGCGGAAUAAAAGUAAGGCUGAUUGGGCGCGAGUGGUUUUCGUGCUCCAAGAGUCAAAGCCAGUAGAAAUUGGGGGAGAGAAGUUGAAGGAAGACUUUGGAUUCUAG